AUGGCCGGUGACCUCACCUCCUUUUCGAUUGGCGGCAAACCUAAGACUGGUGGACUCCUAGGCGGUGUCACCUCAUCACUCGGCCUUCUCGGAGAACCACAAGGCCUGAGUGCGUCACACAACCGCUUCGAGGUUGAUGGAUCUCCCACGCGAGGGGACUUGUACUCAACUGGCAACCCCAUCUCUCUCAACUUGGACUAUUUCGAGCAGCUCCUCUCUAUGCCUCUCGGCGAGAACGGGAUCGAUAUCCCCGUCUUGACCGCGUUCCGCCUUGACCGCACGAAGCACUCGAUUGCUACGAAUGGACAUUACUUCUCAGGCCCACUCACGGCCCUUGCGCUUAACCCCGCGACAUAUCAAUUCACCUACCGUUUCUUCGCCAACCACACUGCUGAAAACCCAGAAGGCUACCUUGAUGCCGAGACACUCAUGUCAUUCCAGGGUGUUACUGGAGAGAAAGGUAAUUACAAGUGGGCUCGUGGGCAAGAGAAGAUCCCCGAGAACUGGUACCGCCGCGUCAUCGGCGACGACUACAGCAUCCUGGCCUUCACUUCCGAAGCCCUUUCGCUCGAAAAAGCCCACCCCGAAUUAAUCCGAAUCGGCGGAAAUACUGGCCAGCCAAACACGUUCACUGGCGUCGAUGUUGACGACUUGACAGGCAACGUUCUCAACGCGCGGACGCUUCUCGAGGGUAAUAACCUAAUGUGCCUUGCGUUCCAGGCUGCCAGCGAAGCUGCUCCUGACGUCCUCCGCGGAUUAGUUGGCAACGUCUUGAUCGCUGUGCAAAAGUUGGCUUCUGUUCUAGACCCGAUUAUUGCGGAGCUUGGUUGCCCCGAGCUGAUUAAGUACGAUGCAACCCUGUUGAAGGCUUUUCCUGGUGCCGGAAGUGGGAUGUAG